AUGGCCACCCCGCAGGGCUGGGAGCGCGUGUCCCCUCCGCCGCCCCGUCCGACUCCAUGGCAACGGCCCCGCGGCGGCGCCAAGGCCGCGCGCGGCAACAUGGCGGCCGCCGGCAGCCCUGGCGUCUUCCUGCUAGCGGUCAACGGCCAGAUCGAGAGCGGGGAGUUCCCUGGCUUUGAUGACCUCUACUGCAAGUUCUGCUUCGUCUACGGCCAAGACUGGGUUCCCACAGCGGGCCUGGAGGAGGGCAUCUCCCAGAUCACCUCCAAGAGCAGCGUGUCGCCCACGACGCUGGUCUGGAACUUCCCCAUCGACAUCACCUUCAAGAGCACCAACCCCUUUGGCUGGCCGCAGAUUGUCGUCAGCGUCUACGGACCAGACUUCUUCGGCCACGACGUGAUCAGAGGGUAUGGAGCCGUCCACGUUCCCUUCACCCCUGGGAGGCACACAAGAACCAUUGCUAUGUUUGUUCCAGAGUCCACCUCCAGGCUGCAGAAGUUUACAAGCUGGUUCACAGGGAGGCGGCCGGAAUUCACUGACCCCAAGGUGGUGGCACAGGGAGAAGGACGAGAAGUGACACGGGUGCGCUCUCAGGGCUUCGUGACCAUUUCCUUCAACAUCAUCACCAAGGACAUGAGGAAGCUGGGCUAUGAAGUGUGCCCCAGCGACAUGCAGUGCCCAGCCCUGCCCCCUGCUGCAGAAGGGAUCCCCAAGUACUGAACUCAGGCACGAGAGGGUUGGAGGCUCACAGGGAAGCGAAGCAGCUUGGGGCUUUUGGUGGCAGAGGGAAGGAAGCCUCUGACUCAGCUGAGGACAGUUGCACCCC